UCACCCGCCCCCACCGGCUCUCGCUGGCGGCCUCAGCGGCCGCAUACUCGCCCUUGCCUGCUUCUUGCUCAACGGGGCAGCCGAGGCCUUGUCGAUGCGAGUGCGGCCGGGCGGCGAGUGGUGGUGGUGCUGCAGGUGCAGGUCCAGGUGGCAAGAGGUCCAACCCGGCAGCCUUGUCUGGACACACGAACAUCCACAACAAAGACACAGACACAUCCCGCGUUCCUCUCUCUCUCUCUCUCUUUCUCUCUCUCUCUCAUACGCACCUCUAAGUAGGUGAGUAGUCCGGUCGUCACGGCCAUGCGCCCCGUCGCCGAGCCCGCCCACACCCGUGAGUCCGCCCAUUCCCUCACGCCGGCCACUGUCGUGUCUUUCCGUACGUCAAUACGCGAGAUACAUGUGCAGCACGCCAUCCAUCCAUGUUACCACUCACCGCCCAGCCAACCCCAUCCCACGGCGCGACAGAAACGAACGACGAGACGACCAAGCAGAACCCGCAGCGCCUCCUCCCCCCUCUCCAUCGCUGCCGUGUCCGUGGCCUCCCGCUGCCUCCAUGUCGCCAGCGCCUCCUCCAGCCGACACAUUGCAUUCUCGAAAUUCGCCGCUGCGGCCCCCAU